AUGAGUGAUACAAGUAUCAUUUCGAAAGUAUCUUCAUAUGAUGCUGAGAAUAGACGAACCACAAACCAGAAAUGCCAUUCAUCAUGUUGGGAUCGAUAUUGGUUUCAUAUAAUUACUACAUUACUCUUAUCGAUUAUUUUAGUCACAUCAAGUGUACUAGGAUAUGUUUUAUAUAAACAAGCACAAGAGAAUCGAAAACGUCGCCGUAUCCAAAAAGACUUUAAACGUAAACAUGGCCUUGCAAAUAAAGUUUUAGAUAUGGUUAAAAAAGAUGGUGUAAUUGCCAAAUGGCUCAAAGCCAAUAAAGGACAAACAUUAAAAGUGUUCACAGAACUAAUGAAUGAUAUGGUGGAAACGAUUUUCAGCGAAUAA